AUGGCUUUCAUUCAAAAUCCUCUUCUCUUGCUUCUCACUCUCUUCACUGUGAUCACUGUCCCUGCCACCUCACAACCAUGCACUUUAUACCCUUUUCCCAAUCACGUUAACUAUGCAGCAUGCGAGGACUUGGCAAAGGCAAAUGCAAAGGGUUCCAGUUGGAUUGCUUGGGCCAUCAACCCUACAUCAAAGGGUAUGGUGGGUUCCCAAACAUUUGUGGCUAUUCAUAAAUCUGAUGGGACUAUCAAAGCCUAUGCGUCACCAAUAACAAGUUACGAAACUAUGUUGCAAGAGGGUAAUCUCACUUUUCCUGUUUAUAGUGUUUCGGCCUCUCACACAAAUGGUAGCAUCAUCAUCUUUGCAAGUUUCCAACUUCCAACCAAUAAGACUUUGGUGAAUCAUGUUUGGCAAGAAGGUUUGGUUUCCCACGAUGGGACUCCAAGGCCACACUCUCUUUCGGGACCUAAUCUUCAAUCUUUUGGAACCUUGGAUUUUGUAUCUGGGAAGGUUUUAGAAACCGGUGGAAAAAUGAACACAAGGACUAUACUGAGAAACGUAAGAAAACAUCAACUUUAUAGAAUAGAUUUAAUCUUAUUUAUUAACAGUUGGGGAAUACUAAUGCCUAUUGCGGUAAUAUUUGCACGGUUCAUGCGGGGAUUUGAUGGUUUAGGAUCUACUUGGUUUCGUUUGCAUCGAGCAUGUCAAUCUUUAGCAUUUGUUGUUGGGAUUGCUGGCUUUGGUACUGGUUUGUAUAUGGGGAAUCAUUAUGGGGUUCGUCAUGCUCCUCACCGAUGCAUUGGAAUCACUCUGAUGUGUCUUGCAUUUGCUCAAGUUUGUGUUGCUGUAUUUCUGAGGCCAAAAAAGGAUCAUAAGAACAGAAUAUUUUGGAAUAUUUUUCAUUAUAUGGUCGGCUAUGCAACAAUUGCUCUAUCCAUAUUCAAUGUCUUGAAAGGUUUUGACAUCCUCAAUGCUCAUAAGAUCUGGAAAAUGACAUAUGUUGCUAUAAUCAUAGUAUUGGCCAUAAUGGCUAUGAUUUCGGAGCUCAUAACUUGGAUUUGGGUUUGCAAGAAGAAGAGGAACAAUAAGCACGCGGAGCAUGUCGACAUCAACCAGCACCAGCAGCCCUAG